UCUUAUUGCUGUUGUUAUCUUUAAUUAAAUUUUGUGUUAAGUGAUUUGUUGGUGUGAUUUGCACUUAAGGGCCACCGUAGUUCUGAAAAAAAAAUCUUUCUGGAAUUUUAUGGAGAAUUUAACACAAGUUAAGGCUGCUGCUGCUGCUGCUUCUGUUUUCUUCUGUGGUAAAACCUGCAAAACGUUGCAUAAAGAGGCUCGUGUGACUGUUUCUGAAAAUGAGGGAUUGAUUUGUUUAUGCAGGAACACGACUGAGAUCUUUGCACUGGAUGUUGUAAGAAAAACAUUUUUUGUGUCACGUUAUUAGCUCAGACGUUCACUGAGAAGAACCUGGCUUUACGGAAACAAACAGAGACCCCCCCCAGCUCUAACCUCCCGAGUUACUCAUGGGGAAAGUCUACUAUGUCAGUAAAAAUGUCGGCCUCGCCAUUCUUGCGCUGGCAGCAACUGCACUGGUUACAAUAGUGGCUCUAUCCAUCGCCUACAACAACGAAAAGGCCAAGAACUUGGGUAACAAUGGAGGGGAGGUGUCAGACACCAGCACGCCUGUGCCCCCCACAAUCCCCUUCAUCCCUAAAGACCCGUGGGAUCACUACAGACUUCCAACUUCCCUCAUCCCGGUCUCCUAUAACGUCACACUGUGGCCUCAGCUGGAGCCCAACGCUGAUGGCGUUUACACCUUCACGGGGCGUUCGGCUGUGGUCUUCAGGUGUUUAAGGGCCACAGACCUCAUCGUCAUCCACUGCCACAAGCUUAACCUCACCAGCAUCCGUGGACACCACGCUGAACUGAGCAGCCUGGACGGAGCCGCUGUUCCUGACAUCCAGAGGACUUGGCUCGUGGUGAGGACAGAGUUUCUGGUUGUCCAGCUGCGCGGCAGACUGACCGCGGGAGCGUCCUACAUCCUUCAGACUGAAUUUGGAGGGGAGCUGGCUGACGACCUGAAGGGAUUCUACAGGAGUGAAUAUGCAGUGAACGGUGUGAAGAAAGUCAUUGCCACCUCUCAGAUGCAGGCGACGUACGCCAGGAAAGCUUUUCCCUGCUUCGAUGAACCAGCAAUGAAAGCCAUCUUCAAUGUCACCAUCAUCCACAGCAGAGACACCACAGCUCUUUCCAAUGGCAAGCAAAUAUACUCUGGAGACACUCUCAUUGACAACAAGCCUGUCAGAGUUACUGCGUUUGAACCCACCAAGAGAAUGUCCACGUACCUGCUGGCGUUCAUCGUCACCGAUUUUUCCUACAAUUAUCUCAACCAAAGUAAUUUGUUGGUCCGAAUUUGGGCUCAGAGAGAAGCCAUCGAACGGGGGCACGGCGACUACGCUCUCAACUUGACCGAGCCCAUCCUUCACUUCUACCAGAAGUAUUACAACACUUCCUAUCCUCUCUCCAAGUUAGAUCAAAUUGCUCUGCCGGAUUUCGAUGCUGGAGCGAUGGAGAACUGGGGUUUGGUCACGUACAGAGAGAGUGCUCUGCUCUUCGACCCCCAGCUCUCCUCCACUGGAAACAAGGAGAGGGUUUCAACAGUCAUCUCGCACGAACUGGCUCACAUGUGGUUUGGAAACUUGGUGACUCUGCGGUGGUGGAACGACUUGUGGCUGAACGAGGGCUUUGCGACGUAUGUGGAGUACCUCGGGGUGGACUACGCCGAGCCCUCGUGGAACAUGAAGGACCACAUCGUUCUGAACGACAUGCAGAGAGCGUUUGCCGUGGACGCCCUGGCCUCCUCACACCCACUCUCCAGGAGGGAAGAGGAGGUCAAUACUCCUGCAGAGAUCGAUGAGAUGUUUGACACCAUCUCCUACAGCAAGGGGUCUGCGGUGCUGAGGAUGCUGUCAGCAUUUCUCACUGAGCGCGUCUUUGUUGUAGGACUCAGCUCUUACCUCAAAACGUUUGCCUUCAGCAACACAGACGACUCAGACCUGUGGGACCAUCUCCAGCAGGCGGUGGAUAGGACGCCAGGUUUGGGAAUUCCUCUCUCUGUCAAAGACAUCAUGAGCUGCUGGACUCUCCAGAUGGGCUUCCCAGUGGUGACCAUUGACACCCGCACAGGAAACAUCAACCAGACGCACUUCCUGCUGGAUCCGGACUCUAUAGUGGAAAGGCCUUCCCAGUUCAAUUACAUUUGGUACGUUCCUGUCAAAUGGAUGAGGAAUGGUGUGGAGCAGAAACAGUACUGGCUCCUUCAGAAAACAGCCAGUGUUGAUCAGAUGAAAGUUUCAGGGCAGGAGUGGGUCCUCGCAAAUACCAACGUAUCUGGAUUCUUCAGGGUCAACUACGAUCAAGACAACUGGGAUCGUCUGAUUGAUCUGCUCAGCACCAACCAUCAGGCUCUACCAGCCAUCAACCGAGCACAGAUCAUAGACGACGCAUUUAACCUGGCAAGAGCAAAAAUAAUAAGUACCAAACUGGCCCUAAGAACGACCAAAUAUCUGUCCAAAGAGAGGGACUACAUUCCCUGGAAGUCAGCACUGGAGAACCUCAACUACUUUAUUCUCAUGUUCGAUCGCACAGAAGUCUUCGGAGUUCUGCAGGCAUAUCUCAGGAAACAAGUCAGGCCACUUUUCAAGCAUUUCCAGAUGCUCACAGCCAACUGGACCAUUAUUCCUGCAAACCACAAUGACCAGUACAAUCAGAUAAACGCCGUUAAGAUGGCAUGCAGAGUGGAGGUGGAGGGCUGCAGGGAGCUCAUCAAAGGAUGGUACAGACAGUGGAUGGAAAACCCAUCUCACAACCCGAUCCAUCCAAACCUGAGAAGCACGGUUUACUGCCACGGCGUGGCUCUGGGUGGCGUGGAGGAAUGGGACUUCACCUGGCGGAUGUGCAGAAAUGCCACUCUGGUUUCUGAAGCGAUGAAGCUGAGGUCGGCUUUAGCCUGCAGCAAAACACCAUGGCUGCUAAACAGGUAUCUGGAGUACACUUUGGACCCAACUAAGAUCCGCAAGCAGGACGCCUCUUUCACCAUCCAGGAAAUCUCCAAUAAUGUUGUGGGAAUGCCGCUGGUUUGGAACUUUGUCAGAGAAAGAUGGAGCUACCUCUUAAAUGAGUACGGGGAAGGAACGUUUUCCUUUGCCAAUCUCAUCGGCGGAAUCACGAAGAGAUUCUCCACAAAGUUCGAGUUGCAGGAGCUGGUGAAAUUCAAAAAAGACAACAUUCGUGUUGGUUUUGGCUCGGCCACGCUGGCCCUGGAGCAGGCCAUAGAGAAGACCACCGCCAACAUCAAAUGGGUGACGGAGAACAAAGCGGAGGUGCUCCAGUGGUUGACGGAGGAAGCCACAUGAGAACACAGGAAGUGAACAGGCGCCCCCCGUUUUUUUUGUUUUUUGGGGCAUCAGGAAUUCGUAACGAGCGACAAUCACUGUAACGACAAAAACUCCACAACGACUGUUACUGUAACGGCUACAGUGUAAAGGAAAAGACAAAGACUGUGUGUUUUCUGUUCACAUUUAAAUGUAUGGUUCCUUUGAUGUCUGCAGUGCAUGUCAUCCGGGAAUGGUCUGGAUUUCAAGCAGCCCCUUCCGAAAGCAUUAACAGUGACUCUGUGACUAUUAACCCUAACAGUGAUGGGAUGCGGACUGCCUUUCAUGCCAUUUUCAUAACUCGUGGAUAAGAUGGAAUGCUUGCCUUUUAUGUGUGUGUCAAUCUGCAAACGUGCAACGACUACAGGCCUCCGACAAGCUUCCUCUUGUUUGUUGCUCCAAAAACCCAUUUGCCCUCCUCUAAGAGGCAGCCUCCUGGUUGCGUCUGCCUGGUCCUGUAGUUUUUGCACAUUUUUAUUAAUCUUCUGAUUGUUUCUCCUUUACUUUGAACUUGAAAAUAAAUAGUUUCACCAUGCA